CCGGGAGGUCCGAGGUCUCAUCCGGCGGUGUAUGCCGGGAAUCUUUCUCUUUUCCCUUCUCGCCGCCAUCAUGGCUCGUGGCCCGAAGAAGCAUAUGAAGCGCCUAAAUGCGCCUAAACAUUGGAUGUUGGAUAAGUUGUCUGGUGUUUUUGCACCACGACCCUCCACCGGCCCACACAAGCUGCGCGAAUGCCUCCCUCUAAUCAUCUUCCUAAGGAACCGUCUGAAGUAUGCCCUGAAUGGUGAGGAGGUUAAGAAGAUCGUUAAGCAGAGACUGAUUAAGAUUGACGGCAAAGUCAGGACCGACACCACCUACCCUGCGGGUUUCAUGGAUGUUGUCACCAUCGAUAAGACUGGUGAGAACUUUCGUCUGCUCUAUGAUGUCAAGGGACGCUUCGCUGUACACCGCAUCACUGCAGAGGAGGCUAAGUACAAGCUUGGGCGUGUCAGGCGUGUUGACGUUGGUGCCAAGGGUGUGCCAUACAUAGUUACCCAUGACGCCCGUACCAUCAGAUACCCUGACCCAAACAUCAAGGUUAACGAUACCGUUGUCAUUGACAUUAAGACCGGCAAGGUCAUUGACUACAUCAAAUUUGACACUGGUAACAUGGCCAUGGUCGUGGGCGGUCGUAACAUGGGUCGUGUUGGCAUGGUUACCCACCGUGAGAAACAUGCAGGUUCAUUUGACAUCGUGCAUGUGAAAGAUGCCACUGGCCACCAGUUCGCCACACGUCUAACCAACAUUUUCGUCAUUGGCAAGGGCAACAAGCCGUACGUGUCACUACCUAAGGGCAAGGGUGUGCGUCUCAGCAUUGCUGAGGAGAGGGACAGAAGGAUUGCGGAGAAGGCUAAAAUGAUGUAAUAAUGAGUUACACAAAGAAUUAAACAUCUUAUUCAAUGUGUA